AUGUGUGGGCGGAGUGCAAUAGACAACCAGCCUUGGGAUUAUUUGGGCCAUUUCAGUCGAAUUGUUGGAGGAAGUCCAGUUGAAAAAGGAGCAUAUCCAUGGCAGGUGUCUCUGAAACGAAGAGAAAAGCAUUUCUGUGGAGGAACUAUCAUCUCUGCCCAAUGGGUGAUCACAGCUGCUCACUGUGUCAUGCAUAAGGAUAUGAAAACUUUUCUGAAUGUUACAGCAGGAGAACAUGAUUUGAAUUUGGUAGAGCAAGGAGAGCAGAUCCUUUCUGUGGAUAACAUCAUCAGACACCCUUAUUUCACACCCAAAAAACCAAUGAAUUACGACAUUGCCCUCUUGAAGAUGAAUGGCGCAUUUAAGUUUGGCCAGUUUGUUGGGCCCGUGUGUCUUCCCAAACGGGGGGAAACUUUUGAGCCAGGAUUCAUCUGUACCACUGCAGGCUGGGGCCGUCUGGAAGAGAAUGGCCGCCUCCCUCAUGUCUUGCAUCAAGUGGACUUGCCCAUUCUGACUAAGAGGAAGUGCGCAGCUAUGCUGUUAACUUUAAAAAGGCCCAUCAAGGGCAAUACGCUUCUCUGUGCUGGCUUUCCAGAUGGUGGAAAGGAUGCAUGUCAGGGUGAUUCAGGGGGCUCCCUGAUGUGCAGGAAUAAGCAUGGGGCCUGGACUCUAGCUGGUGUGACUUCCUGGGGGAUGGGAUGUGCUCGCAGCUGGAGGCACAACUGUCAGAAAACUGCCAGUUACAGAGGAACUCCUGGGGUUUUUACAGACCUGACUAAAGUGCUUCCCUGGAUUCACAAUACUAUUGAAAUGGGGCAAAGGAUGAAAAGCUCUGUGGCCCUGUGCAGUGACCACGAUGGGCAGCUCUCAGGGCCCGAGGGGCAGCUCCGCUUCCCAAGAUAUCCCCAUCAGUUCUAUGGAAGUGAUGAGUUGUGUGUGUGGACCGUGUACGUCAUAGGGCAGAUGCACAUCUGGCUCAAUUUUUCCCACUUGGAUGUGGAAUUUGAGGAGUUCUGUCGCCGGGAUUCCCUGUCUGUAUAUUCAUUAGAAGACAGGCUCAUCGGGAAGUUCUGUGGUGUGGUUGUCCCUUCACCAAUCUUCAUUAGCUCCAACUCAGUAAGCCUGAAGUUUGUCUCUGAUGCUACAGAGUAUGGCACUGGAUUUUCACUCACCUACAAAGCUCUUAAACCAAAUCAUUCUCCUGAUUCUGGUUGUGUUGCCUUAACUGUCCUUUUUAAAGAAGGGAUAAUACAAAGUUUACAUUAUCCGGAUGUUUAUACAAAUCUGCUCACUUGUCACUGGAUUAUUCAUGCUCCAGAAGACCGCAUCAUUAAGCUUGAAUUUCAGAACUUUGAGCUUGAAGAAAGUGAUGGCUGCCUCUCUGAUUCAGUGACAGUAUAUGAUGAUGUGGAAGGGAAAGAAGAAAUAGCUCGGUACUGUGGCUUUGCUGUGCCCCAACCUGUACUGAGCUCCUCCAGUGUCAUGCUAAUCAGCUUCCAGGCAGAUGAAAGCCAUGUCUUCAGGGGAUUUCAGGCCUCCUUCUACUUCAUCUUUGAAACAGAUUUAAAUAUCUCAGACACAGAGGACGAGUUUGAGCUUCCUUCAUCUGGCCAUGGCACAGAUAUAGACCUGGGUGUUGCAGAUGACCAUUGUGGAGCAGCAUCCAAGCCUCCCAGGUUUCUCUUCAGCAGGAUUGUGGGAGGACAGCCAGCAGCAGCCAGAUCUUGGCCUUGGCAGGUCAGCCUGCAGAUUGCUGCAGAACAUCUCUGUGGGGGAACAGUGAUUGGGAAGAGCUGGGUGGUCACAGCUGCCCAUUGUUUUAAUGAUAAGAAGCAGCAUGUGCCUGUGUGGAUGGUAAUUGCUGGAAUCCAUGAUCUGACUGAGCGAAACAACCAACAGAAAAGAUCAAUAAAACACAUUUUGAUUCAUCCAGCCUUUGACAGAACCACAAUGGACUAUGAUAUUGCUCUCUUGCAAAUGACUGAACCAUUUCAGUUCAAUCACUAUGUUCAUCCAGUGUGUCUUCCUGAGAAAGGUCAAGAAAUACCAUCAUCCAGCAUGUGUGUGGUCACUGGAUGGGGGAUUGAUAAUCUAGAUGGAGAAAAAUCCAACAAAUUACAGCAACUUGAAGUUCCUAUCCUUGAUUCUGAUGUGUGUCAGGAAUAUUAUCAAAAUCUCUCUGUGGGGGUAUCUCAGAGGAUGUUCUGUGCUGGGUUCCCUUCUAAAGGAGACAAGGAUUCUUGCUCAGGUGACUCAGGUGGUCCCUUGGUUUGCUCCCUUGAAGAUUCAGGUCUUUAUGCCCUUUUUGGGAUAACCAGCUGGGGCUUUGGCUGUGGAAGGAUUAAUUAUCCAGGUGUCUACACUAGUGUCACUGUUUUCACUGACUGGAUCAAACAGCAUAUUAAUGAUACUGGAAGCGAAUUAGGUAACUGACAAAAUUGCUUCUGGAAGAGACUCUGGCUAGUACAUCCUCUGAAGAGAUGGCCAGGGUAGGUUUGUGAAAAACAUAAAACCUUGGAAAUCGGGAGUAUAUCUUCUUUAUUUCUCUUCCCUUUGAUGGUUUCUAGGUGUGCACGUUCAUGAAAGACUGAUAAUGUUUGUCUUUGUGCUCAGAGGCUAAGUAUCCUUGCAGCUGUACUUCAUAUGUGCAUUGCAUAAUUUCUAAUAAAGA